AUGUUUCUUCGUUCUUCGGUUAUCGUCGCUGCAUCCAAAAGCUUCGCUGCGUCUAGCUUUCUUCUUCCUCUGCAUCUCCACGAUUGCUAUCACUGCUUGUCGCACCUCCCCCUUCGCUACUCGUCGCGCCUCCAUGGCAGCGCUCGUCCUGUCUCUGUCGCGUUUGUGACCGCCUCCUUUGUUCCUCCCUUGUUCGUUCAUAGUAGUUUGUACCUCCGUCGCAGUCUUACCUUCGUUGUGUCGCGUUCUCCACCACUGCUCCCCUCCCUUGCUUAUGUUAAGCAAAUCGACGUUGUUCCACCUGUUCAAUCUGCGAAGAAGCCUGCCCAGCCUAAGGAAUCGAAACCCAAACCUAAGGAUGAGCCGAAGAAAGUGGCUAAGCCAGAGCCAAGGAAGCCCAAAGAAGAGGCAGAAGAGGAGGCACCCAAGCCCAAACCCAAAAAUCCCCUUGAUCUUCUUCCUCCAAGCAAGAUGAUAUUGGAUGAGUGGAAAAGACUCUACUCAAACAUCAAGACCAACUUCCGCGAGGUUGCAAUCAAAAGAUUUUGGGACAUGUAUGAUCCAGAGGGUUAUUCUCUCUGGUUCUGUGAUUACAAAUACAACGACGAGAACAUUGUUUCCUUUGUGACAUUAAACAAGGUAGGUGGUUUUCUUCAGCGGAUGGAUCUAGCUCGCAAGUAUGCUUUUGGAAAUAUGCUUGUAAUUGGAUCGCAAGCACCAUUUAAGGUGAAGGGGUUGUUGCUUUUCCGCGGGCAAGAGAUUCCACAAUUUGUGAUUGACGAGUGUUAUGAUAUGGAGCUGUACGAGUGGACCAAGGUUGACAUCUCUAACGAAACUCAGAAAGAGCAGGUGAAUUAGAUGAUUUAGGAUUAUGAACCAUUUGAGGGAGAGCCUCUUCUCGAUGCUAAGUGCUUCAAGUGAAAAUUAUUCCAUAGUCUUUAAGAGCUUAUGAUUUUGUUGCGUCUUUUGGAAAGAGUUGGCUUCUAUCUUAUUUCUGUUAUAGUGAGUUCUUAGCUAU